AGUUGAUCAUCACAGAGCAGACUGCAAGAGUGCAAGCAGGGAACAAGAUUAUUUCUCAGAUUUUUACAAAUCCAAGGCAACAGUGAGUGGACAGCAGCCUAGUUUUAAUUGCGGAAAAACAGAAAACCUACAGUCAGAAAACUACUUUUACUGCUGCUGGGCUAAUCUGCAAAAUGCAAGCUGUGCAGUGUUCAGUGUGUGCCAGCCGUGCUUCUGGAGCACUUCUGCGCAAUCAGACAGACAUUUCACUGCUGCGGACCAACAAGAGUUUGUUCAGGAGAGGAGCAGCCUGCAUCCGCCUGAGUUCUGAGAGUGCCCCACUGAGCAACAGGAAGCCUGGAGUCCAGAAGUUGGGGGAAUGGAAAGAUACUUCACACAUGAGCAUAGCAUCUUUAAAUGUUGGUCGCGGGCUUUCUGCUUUCCCUUUUUCACAGCAAGUGGAAAACCUCUCUCAUGACUCCCUGAUCAGAAGAGCAGCCUCAAUGGUUACAGACAGUUCAAGUACCUUCCUCUCCCAGACCACCCUGGCUCUCAUAGAUGCGCUUAGAGACUACUCAAAGGCUGUGCACACACGCAUUGCUGUCCAAAGACGGUAUUUAGCCUCAAUGGGAAAACUGACCCCAGCAGAGGAGGAUUCACUCCUGGAGGUGAUCAAUGGCCUGCGUGCACAGGUUAGUGACAGACUUGAUGAAUGCAAACGUUUUGAGUCAACCUGGAUCAAAGCUGUCAACUUGUGUAAAAUGGCAACUGAGGCAGCACACACCUCAGGAGCCGAGCAGGCGUCCAUCACAGUGAGGACAAACAUUCAAGUGGCCCAGUCGCAGGUGGAGGAGGCACGGAAACUGUCAGCGGAUGCAGAUAAGAAGUUGGCCGAGACUAAAGUAGAAGAGAUCCAAAUGAGGGCAGAAUUUGCCUUUCGAGAAGAUAGUGAGGAGCAUGAGGUGCACGAGGCGUAUCUUCGAGAGGACUAAGACAAAUAGAGAUACUGACAGUGAAAAAAUGCUUUCACCUUUGAAAGCUUUGAGCUAUUAAACUUUUAUUACCAGAUUAUGUCUCUAUUCUGCUUUUAGCCUUUAAGGUGUUUACAAGUUUGCAAUCAAAAUUUGAAAAGGAAAUUAAAUAAACUUCUAUUUUUGUAAUUCUUUACUUCUGCAUAAAUCAUUAUUUAAGACUAUUUAUUUGAUUAGUGAAUGUCAGCCUCUUUUGGAGUUUCUGGAAAAUGAUUAUUGAAUCUCCAGUAUAUAUUGUAUGGCAGUGGGACAACGUUGUUUAUUGGAUGUUUUAUUGUAACAAAGUCAUUUUUUUCUAAAACAGUUGUUUAUUUGUUUUCACAAAGCAAAAUAAUAAAAUCAAUCUGAUUGAA